UUUGUUCACAAGCAAUGGAUGGCGGAGCAAAAGUAAAGAAAGGAGCUGGUGGAAGAAAAGGCGGCGGCCCAAAGAAGAAGCCAGUUUCAAGGUCCGUCAAAGCUGGCCUCCAAUUCCCCGUUGGAAGGAUCGGCCGUUACUUGAAGAAAGGAAGGUAUUCGCAGCGUGUCGGAACAGGAGCUCCGGUUUAUCUUGCGGCCGUUCUCGAGUAUUUAGCCGCUGAGGUUCUCGAAUUGGCCGGAAACGCAGCCCGUGACAACAAGAAGAACAGGAUCAUCCCAAGACACGUUUUACUUGCCGUGAGGAACGACGAGGAACUGGGAAAGCUUCUGGCCGGCGUUACCAUUGCUCACGGUGGCGUUCUACCGAACAUUAACCCUGUUCUUCUCCCGAAGAAGUCUGAAAAGGCCGCAUCAAAAGAACCAAAAUCCCCAUCAAAGGCGACCAAAUCUCCCAAGAAAGCUUAAAUUUAUCAAACUGCUUCUAAUGUCAGGACUUAUCUCAUUUGCUAGAUCUAUAUGAUUUUGUUGGUAAU